GUGUAUGACCCGUCUCUCUAAGGAGGCGAUAGAGAUUACAGAAACGGCGAGGAAGGAAGGAAGGAGAUAUGUGAAUCGUGUUCGUGUGUAAUGAAUUGUUCUCUCUCUCUCUUUCUCUCUCACACACUCUCACACACACAUAGAGCUUCCAUAUCUCCAAGAGCAGACAAAUUUCUCGAUCUUUUGAUCGUUUCUAUCGGUUUCUUCUGCAACUUGGAACCUCUAUCCAAAAUACCCACAUAUCAUUUUAACUUAAUUUGAAGGAAAACACUCCGCCGGCGAUUUCCUAUCUUCAUUAACCCCCUCAAUCGUUCUUCAAUAAACACUUUCUGGUUCAAAUGGUCUGUUUCCAUAAUGUUUCAGUCGAUGAGCAGAUUAACAACAUGUCAAAAUCAUCCAAUUCAUCUUACCCAUGUUCCAGAUUGAAACCAAGUAAUCAACUUCAAAGGAAACAAAGAUCAACCCAAUCGCCAGGUUGUCAUCAAUCUCGUUCAGCCAUAAUCGACAUCUUCAUCCUAAUUGCUGUUAUUUCUGCAUGUACCUUUCUUCUAUUUCCUUAUCUCAAGAUUCUAACCCGCACCCUGUUCCAAAUCAUUCCGAUUAUCGUUAUCUCGGUCAAACAUGAGAUUUCAGCAACUCCUUUGAUUUACGGAUAUCUAGGUCUGUGUGUUCUGUUUGUAACAGCAGCAGCUGUUUUAGCAAUUCCCGCAUGUUUGGACAAGAGAUGUGGAAGACCAGGAUGUAAGGGGAUGAGAAAGGCGGCUGAAUUCGAUAUCCAGCUUGAAACUGAAGACUGUUUGAAGAUUCAAGUGGGUUUAACAUACCAACCCCCAAAAGUGUUCAUUCACCAGAUGUUUUACAAGUUUUCUGCAUUUAGUUUUUCUCGUGCUUGCAGCUUACAUAAUUCAAUUUAA